AUGUGUAGUGCGGAUGCGAACAAAGAUGCCCUAACGUACCAGACAGCAGUGACGGUGAGACAAUCUGUGUGCGCGUCCGACAUCGAGAACACCCUGGAAUGGGGUUUUCAAAUACGUCCAGUACUGAAAUUCGAAAUGCUCGUACUAUUUGUACUGCUAUACAAACUUACCGUCACUUUCUGGAAAAAGAAGCAUGACAUUAUAAUGAGGUUAAACGUACUGGAUGAAAGCUUGAGAGCGAUUAUGAACCUCGCAAUCUUUCACAUCCUCACCAUGUUGAACGUCUGUGGCCUGAUUAUCGAAGGUUUAGCACGGACACAAACCCAACAAAAGGAAUUGUUUCUUGAUAAUCGCGUGACAUUUAAUCAAGAAUCAGUGCUGGUGAUGAUGACGGUGAUGAGGAAUUCAUUUGCAGUGGCCUAUGUGACCUUCCCUAUGGAGAAGGUUUGUUCUACGCUGCGUGCAUCCCGUUCUCCACGGCCAUCAGCCAAGUACAUAUUUGUAUCACAGUCGAGCUCCGCGUUCUUCCGAAAAGCCGAAAAGGCGGCAUCGGAAGACUCGAACUGUUUGACUGUUGAACUGAGCGAUUAA